AUGUAACGACAUCCAAUGUCAAUGGUUUAACCAAAAUAAACAGAAGCAGAACUGUUAAAUUAAAUAAACUCAUUAAAGUCAGAACUUUCCUUCUAAGUUAAUGCAAAUGGAAGAUUAUCUAAGGAACUUAAUGAAUGUUUAAAGAGAUUAGGAAUUACUCGAGUUGAUAUAAUUCAUUAAGACAUCAAUCAUUAAACAGACUUGUCUUAUUUAGCACCUUUGUUUAUUGUUUAUGAAGAUCAUAUUAAAAAUUAUGAUGUCAUACUUCAAAAAUUAAUGGAUGAUCUAGCUGCAAUGGAUGCUAGGAUAUAAAUGGUCAAUGAUGAUAACACAUUCCUCAGAAAAUAGUUAUAGGAAAAGAACGAGCAAUUUCUUAGAUUGUAUUAACAAGGUGGAGGAAGUGCAAAUAAUAUCAAAAAUGUUUUUAAUGAAUUAGAAAAAGAGGACUUAGAAGAAAGAAUUCGAUUAUUGAAUGAGGAAAACAGCAUCUAUGUCAAUAAAUUAAAAUAAUAUGAAAGUCAGAUAUAGGAUCUAUAAUUAAGAAAUGACUAGAUGAUUAGAAACGAAUAAUAAUAUUUAAAUUAAUUAUAGGACUUAAAAUAAUUAAACCAAAAUUUAGAAAUUGGAUCUGACGAUUUAAGGAUUAAAUUAGAUAUACUAGAGAAUAAGUUCUAAAAUCAAACCCAAUUAGUAGCUAUUACUGAGGAGGAAAAGACAGAAUAUAUUCAAAGGUUCAGUAAAAGUGAAAAUGAAAAUAAAGUGUUGAAACAUUAGAAUUAGAACUUAAAAUAAGAAAUAGCUAAUCUUCAAAAUAAGGGUUAAUUAAGUCAAACAGAAUUAUCAAAAGAGUUGGAAGAGAUGCAUAAAAAAGAAAGAGAGUUAUUUGAUAAAUAAGUGCAUAAUGAAAGAGAAAUUGAUUAAUUAAGAGAUGAAAACAGAGCAAUAAAAAGAGAAUUAGAUUAGAGUAAGAGCAAUUUGGAAUAAACAAUUAAAAUGAUGGAUAACUACGAAAAUAAAAUCUCUAUUUUAUUAAAAAAAGAAGAAAAUUAUAAGAUUUUAACUAAAUAAUUAAAAGAAGAGAGGGAAAAUGCUGUUAUGGAAAAAGACAGAUAUCAAUUAAAAGAAUAAUAGUUUGAUUAGACUUUAUAGAAUUAAAUGACAAAACAUAGAGAAGAAAUUACCAAUCUAAAAGAAAACUUUGAUAAACAAUCAGAUAGUUUAAAAAAUAGAUAUAAAAUAAUUAUAGAAUAAAGAGAGGAUGAAAUACAUAGAUUGAAUGAAGAAGCAAAUUAAAUUACUACAUUAAAUGAUAGAUUAACAAAAGAAAUAAAGAGUUUAAAAAUAGAAAUUACUCGUAUGGAAAAUGGAUUAAAAUAAGACAUUGAAACCAAUUACUAAUAAACUGAUGAUUUAUAACGAUAAAUUAGUGAGUUAACAGAAAAAAAUACAUUGCUUGAAUAAAAAUUAACUGAUCAAGAAGCUGAAUUUAAUUUAGCAAAGCAAUCUCAUGAUUCCUAUGUUAAGACUUUAACAAAUAAUAAUGCAGAUCUCAAAUAAAAUCUAGAACAUACUAGAUCUGAAUUAACUAGUCGAACUUAAGAAUUGUCGACAUAGAAAGGCAAAAUAAAUUCACUAACUAGAUAAUGCUAAAAUCAAUUAGAAGAACUUGCAAAAACAAAAAGACAUUAUGAAUCAAGAUUAGAAUAGAUUUAAGAUGACUACACUUAUAAAAUAAAGAAUCUCUAAUUAUAGAUGGAAGAUGCUAUUAAUAGAGAACGAUAAAGCAGAGAAAAAUCAGUUAAACUCUUAUAAGAUUAUGAUAAAAUUGAAGAAAAGCUAAAGGUUGAAUAUAACACCAGAAUCUAAGAAUUAGAAACAACAAUUAAUAACUUAAAGAGCAUGAAUCAUCAAUUAACUUUAAAGUUAAAUGAAAUAAGAAAUGUUUCAUACAUGAACAAAGUAGAAAAUUCAACACUAAGGAAAGGAUAAAUUAAUUGA